AUGUCCAUGCUACGCACCCUUCGCCCACUCACGGGGGUAUUCCGCUCUGCCAGAAUCCCUACUUCCUCCGUAUCUCGUCGAUUCCUCUCCGCCACUCCCCGAGCGUCACAGAACAAAGUUCGUCCGACUGGCACGGGAUUCGAGUUUCUCCCGACGAACCCGCUCCCGCCGAAACCACGGCAGCACGGACUGACCGAGAUUCGCGGACCCUACUACGCCCCUGUCGGGCAGACAUACAUUGACGAGCUGCUCAGUGAUUGGGGAGAAUACGUGGAUGGGAUUAAAUUUGCGGGAGGCAGCUUCUCGUUGAUGCCGGUAGAGAGGUUGAAGGCGUUUAUCGACACAGCACACAAGCACAACUGUUAUGUUAGUACUGGAGGAUUCAUUGAGCGCGUCAUUGCUACCUCGGGCGGGAGCAAGGACCAGAUUUCGAGGUACCUCCGAGCUUGCAAGGAUGUCGGCUUCGACGUGCUCGAGAUUUCCUCCGGCUUCCUCUCCAUCCCUACAUCCGACUGGCAAUUCCUCAUCGAAUUGACCGCUCAGCACGGCUUAAAACCCAAGCCUGAAGUCGGGAUUCAAUGGGGCGCAGGCGGAGACGCCUCCGUCGAGGAACUCGAAUCCGCCGGCACACGCGACGUCGGCUGGGUCAUCGAGCGCGCGCACAACUUCCUGAACGCCGGCGCUCAUAUGAUAAUGAUUGAAUCCGAGGGCAUCACCGAGAACGUCAAGUCCUGGCGGACCGACGUGAUCAGCGGUAUCAACUCGAAGCUGCCUACAGAUAAGGUCAUGUUCGAGGCUGCCGAGCCCGAAGUGUUCUCCUAUCACAUCCAGAACACGGGCGCGACUGCGAACCUGUUCAUCGACCACUCGCAGAUCGUGCAGCUCGCGUGUCUUAGGAGGGGAAUCUGGGGCACGGGAGGCACGUUUGGACGGGUAGUGACCGUUGGGUGA